AUGGGUGUCCCCAAGUUCUUCCGCUGGCUGAGCGAGCGGUACCCCACGAUCUCCAUGUUGAUCGCGGAGAAUCGCAUUCCUGAGUUUGAUGCGCUAUACCUCGAUAUGAACGGUAUCAUUCAUAACUGUACACAUAAGGAUAGCGAUUCUCCUACGUUUCGUAUGACCGAGGAUAAAAUGUUUAUCGCGAUCUUCAACUACAUCGAACAUUUGUACGGCAAAAUUAAGCCAAAGAAGCUUUUCUUCAUGGCUAUCGACGGUGUUGCGCCUCGAGCAAAGAUGAAUCAACAGCGUGCGAGACGUUUUCGUACAGCGCUGGACGCUGAGGUGGCAAAGGAGAAGGCCAUUGCUCAGGGAAUUGAAAUGCCGAAAGAAGAUGCAUUCGACAGUAACUGCAUCACACCCGGUACAGAGUUCAUGGCGAAAUUGACGCAACAAUUAAAGUAUUUCAUCAGCAAGAAGAUUUCAGAAGAUAAAGAUUGGCAAGGGGUGGAGAUCGUGCUCUCAGGCCAUGAGGUCCCAGGAGAAGGCGAACACAAGAUUAUGGAAUAUAUUCGGCACGCGAAAGCGCAGCCUGAUUAUGAUUCCAACAUCCGUCACUGUCUUUAUGGUCUUGAUGCGGAUUUGAUUAUGUUGGGUCUUCUCAGUCAUGAUCCUCACUUUUGUCUUCUUCGCGAGGAGGUGACAUUCGGCCGCCAAGUUCAAAAGAAGCCCAAAGAACUCGAGCACCAGAAUUUCUUUCUCCUUCAUCUAUGCAUGGUUCGGGAGUAUUUGGAAUUGGAGUUUCAGGAAUUAGAACAGGAAGGUGUUUUAGACUUCCCUUUCGAUAUGGAAAGAGUGAUAGACGACUUUAUCCUGAUGGCCUUUUUUGUUGGAAACGAUUUCUUGCCAAAUCUUCCCAAUCUGCAUAUCAACGAGGGAGCAUUGGCACUGAUGUUCAAGAUCUAUAAGGAGGUCUUACCGAAGAUGGGUGGUUAUGUCAACGAGGGAGGUGUCAUUAACCUGAAGCGCCUCGGAAUGCUUGUCGAAGCUCUGAGUGACGUUGAAUUUCGUUUUUUCGAGGUCGAAUAUUCUGAUGCCAAAUGGAUUACUGCAAAGAGAAAGGCCAUUGAGAACGAUUUCGAGCCCCCGGAAAAGCAAAGAGGGCUUACAGUGACUCCAGCACAGAAGGAGCUUUUCAAGGAGGUCAAGAAAUAUGUUUUGAACAGACCUGAGAAGGAAACUGGCUCAAAGCCUCUCGACUUACCCUCCGCACUGCCGGCUCGUGAUCGCAAAUUUGUGGAGCAGCUGGCCAACGAUCUCCACGUACCGUGGACUACUGUCGCAGAUGAACAUGGAGAUCGAUUCAUUAGACUCCAACUUCCUACCAACGAUGAUGACGAUAGCGAAGAGGAAGAGGACGAAGAAGCCUCCAUGGCCGUCCGCCGUGUCAUCCGACGAUACGAAAACGCGAAAGUCCAGGAGAUUUCUCCCGAGGAAGCCCAGAAGGCGGCUGAACAGAAGUACGAAGAGAAAUUCCAAGAGUGGAAAGAUAAGUACUACAUGAGCAAGUUCGGAUGGGGUCUUGACAAUCAUGAAGAGAUGAGAAAACUCACGGAGAACUAUGUGCAGGGCCUUCAGUGGGUUUUGUACUACUAUUACCGAGGCAUUGCUUCGUGGCCUUGGUUCUUCAAAUAUCAUUAUGCUCCCAUGAUAUCUGAUGUUACCAAGGGAUUGAAAGCAGACAUGAACUUCCAGCUUGGCCAACCUUUCAAGCCCUAUGAGCAGCUUAUGGGAGUCUUGCCGGACCGAAGCAAGAAAAUCGUGCCUGCAGCCUAUCGGGACCUGAUGACAUCUCCAGACUCUCCCAUAAUUGAUUUCUACCCACGCGAUUUCGAGCUGGACAUGAAUGGCAAAAAGAUGGAAUGGGAGGCUGUCGUCAAGAUCCCAUUCAUAGAGGAACGUCGCCUCCUAGACGCACUUGCCACCAAAUCGCACCUUCUGACCCCGGAAGAAAAAGUACGCAAUGAUUUUGGGGUUAGUCUUAAAUUCACUUAUUCGCCAGAUGCGAAUUAUAGUUAUCCCUCGUCUUUGCCCGGCGUCUUCCCCGAUAUCCCCAAUUGCCAUUGUAUCGAGAACGUCUUCGACUUGCCUACCAUGGAUGGCCUCGAGCCUUAUAUUGGCUUGGUUGACGGCGUACAGCUUGGGGCUGCUGCGCUAGCUGGUUUCCCGAGCUUGAAGACACUGCCCCAUGUUGGCCAGCUUGGUUUCCAUGGUGUGUGCGUUUUCCAGCAGGAGAGUCGCAAUGAAAGUAUGGUCAUCACAAUACUUGAUCCUGGAAGCAGAUCAAGUGUCGAGUUAGCGAAGAGCAAAUUGGGAAAGCGUGUCUUUGUCGGCUAUCCGUUUCUCCAAGAAGCGUUGGUUGUCCGCGUGUCGGACGAGCUCUUCGAUUAUAUUAUCCCUGAUGGAGAAGAACAUCCGGUUCCCAUUCCCCACACUGAAGCCCAAAUCGAUCAAUGGAGAAAGAAGGCGGACAAGAUCGAGGGGACCUAUAGCCGAAGGCUAGGUACCGUCAUUGGUCCGGUUGAUUCCAUGGUACACGUCCAACUGCUCAAGGGUCUCAUCAAAACGGAUGAGGGCGCGACGAUCAAAGAAUUCGCCGAUAUUCUAGGACAGGAGACUGAUUAUGCACUUCAGCUGGUUGUUGAUGAGGUGAUCAAUCCUGACGAACGCUUUAUUGAAAGGGAUGCUUUGCCUAUUGAGAAGGAGUUUCCGGAGGGUUCUCGUGCAUUUUUCUUGGGAGACUAUAACUACGGUAGACCCGUGCACGUCACCGGGCAUGACGAUGGUAAGGUGAACGGCCUGAUCGCUUCCAUCCCAGGCCGGGAGCCAGAGUUUGGCAAGGAACGCGCGAGAGAAGCUGAAAAGCUCUGCCCUUAUAUGCCUUCCUUUGCCAUCGCUCGCAGCCUGCGUCUGAACCCGUUGGUACUGGCCAAGAUCACCUCCUCGUUUUCGGUUGAUGUGGAAGGACAGCGCGUCAACCUGGGUCUUAACCUCAAGUUUGAAGCGCGAAAACAGAAAGUGCUUGGCUACUCUCGACGUGGAGAUUCUGGUUGGGAGUUCAGUCAGAGGACCGUUGAUCUCCUUCAGCAGUAUAUGAUCAAGUUCCCAGAGUUUAUCGCUGGUAUUCAGCGUAAUCCUCAAAGAGAUCGGUACAAUCCAGCAGAUUUCUAUCCCGAGGACGUCGCUCUUCAGAAGAUACAGGAAAUCAAGGAUUGGCUCAAGUCGAUUGAAGCCAAGAACUUCGAAAGAGUGCCUCUCGAGGCCGAGCAAUUAGACUCCGAAGUUGUUAAAUUGAUUGAGCAGGAUGCGGAUCGGCUAAUGCAGAGCCAACCUCAAAUGCAAGCCAAAAAGGUUAGGGGCGUUCCCAGAAGCGCACUACUGCGACCUUCGGAUGUUGAACAACGACUGCAAAACCAAUCUUUCAAACUUGGGGACCGUGUUGUCUAUGCGCAAGACUCCGGUAAGGUACCCAUUGCGACUAGGGGAACAGUCGUUGGCCUGACCCGAACUUCUCGGGCAAUGUUGCUCGACGUGGUGUUCGAUGUCUCAUUCAUGAGUGGUACUACCCUGGGAGACCGAUGCUCGCCUUUCCGCGGGCAAACCGUAUUGGCAUCUUCUGUUCUCAACGUUUCAUAUCGACAACUGCUCGCCAGUACCCGGGCUGCCGCUAGUCAGCAGUCGCAGAGCCAACCCUCACCUUUGACGGUUGCAGGAUAUGGUGCCCCGCUCGGACCCAACGGACAGGGACAGCUGAGAGAGGCAGCUGCUCCCCCGCCUCUGUCUGGUUCGUACCGCGGCGCGGUUUCCGGAGUGAGCAAUGGACGAGGCAACGGUAGAGGGCGGGGUGGCCGUGGUGCCUCGAAUGGAGGAUCGAAUCCCACAAGUCUACCUUUCCGCCCUCAUCCCAACGGCAGUGAGAAUCGCGGCGGCAGGGGCCGUGGUGGCAUGUACCGGACUCGAGGAGGAUAUGUUUCGGUUGAUAACAGCAAUCCGGACGCUGGGAUUAUCAAAAAUAACCCUAAUUUCCGGCCACAGAACUACUCCCAGGUGCCUCCUCCUAAGGGUCUUGACCGCGGUAGUGGACGGGGAGGUCGAGGGGGUUUCCGUGGAUCGGACAAAGGAAACGGAUCCAGAGGGAGAGGCGGCCAGCGGGGAAGAGGUGCAGCUACCACGAACAAUAAUUAG